AAGAGAGAGAUGGGCUGUCCAAGUGAGAUUGUAAUGGCCAUGUUAUUGUUGACGGGAAUGGUGAAAAUCAUCCUGGUUGAGGGGAAUGAUGGGCCUCCAGAGUGUAGCUUUAAUCAAAGGAAAUGCAAAGGAUUAGAGAAGGCAUCCGGAUUGGGUCAUAUGGUCCUUGUUCAUGGUUCAGGCCAUGGAGAAUGGAAUUGGUACAAGCUUAAGCCCUUGCUUGAGGCUGCUGGCUAUGAAGUGACCACCGUUCAGCUUGGCCCUACACUCACCACCUCCCUUGAUUCAACAGAGAAUAUUACAUUUUUGAAUUACUCAAAACCAUUAUUUGAUGUGAUGAAAUGUGUAGACCACCACAAGGUUAUACUUGUUGCUCAUAGUUUUGGAGGGCUGAGCAUAUCUCUUGCAAUGGAGAAGUUCCCUAAGAAGGUAUCUGUAGCUGUCUUCGUUACCGCGUUCAUGCCAGAUACAGCACACAAGCUCUCUUAUGUUGUCCGUGAGUUUAUGAAGGUUCCAAAAGUCUGGAAGGACAGUUGCUCAAUUACUCGUGGGAAUAACUCAUGGAUUUCCUUCGGUGACAAGUUCUUGAAGUCUUCGUUCUAUCAAUUAUGUUCUCCAGAGGUUUGAUCUCUCUAUUUUACAUU